CCACCCGUGUCGACGGCGUUCGCAAAGUCAAGUGCGGUUCUCAGGCCGUCGCGCGCGUCCACGAGAAGGUCGCGCCGCCUCCGUCUCACAGCCACGCCCGUGACCACCAUGACGUCCGCGCUCCUCGUCGCGCUCGCGGCGACGGCGACGGCCUUCGCCCCGACGGCGACGCCGGCGAGCCGCUUCGGCGCGCGCACGGUCAAGGCCGCGACGCUGGCCUCGGCGGAGCGCCUCAACUACUACAACUCCCUGAGCCAGGCCGAGAAGCUCGACCAGCUCGCGCGGUGCCGCUUCAUGGACCGGAGCGAGUUCGACGACGGCAUCGAGGCCAUCGCCGGCAAGAAGUGCGUCGUCGUCGGCUGCGGCGCGCAGGGCCUCAACCAGGGCCUGAACAUGCGCGACUCCGGCUGCGACGUGUCCUACGCGUUGCGCGCCGAGUCCAUCGCCGAGAAGCGCGCGUCCUUCGUGAACGCGCAGAGCAACGGCUUCGAGGUCGGUACGUACGAGGACCUCAUCCCCUCCGCGGACAUCGUGCUCAACCUCACGCCCGACAAGCAGCACACGCAGGUCGUCAGCGCCAUCAUGCCCCUCAUGAAGCAGGGCGCGACGCUCUGCUACAGCCACGGCUUCAACAUCGUCGAGGAGGGCAUGCAGGUCCGCGACGACCUCACGGUCAUCAUGGUCGCGCCGAAAUGCCCCGGCACGGAGGUCCGCGAGGAGUACAAGCGCGGCUUCGGCGUGCCGACGCUCAUCGCCGUGCACCCGCCCAACGACCCCCAAGGUUUGGGCAUGGCCCAGGCCAAGGCCUACGCGGUCGCGACGGGCGGCGACCGCGCGGGCGUGUUGGAAUCUUCCUUCUGCGCGGAGGUCAAGAGCGACUUGAUGGGCGAGCAGACCAUCCUCUGCGGCAUGCUCCAGACGGGCGCCGUGCUCAACUUCGAGAAGAUGGUCGAGAAGGGCGUCGACCCGGGCUACGCGUCCAAGCUCAUCCAGUACGGCUGGGAGACGAUCACCGAGGCUUUGAAGCACGGCGGCAUCACGGGCAUGAUGGACCGCCUCGACAACCCGUCCAAGGUCAAGGCCUACGAGCUCGCCGACGAGCUCAAGGAGAUCAUGCGCCCCCUCUACCAGAAGCACCAGAACGACAUCAUCACGGGCGCGUUCUCGUCCGGCAUGAUGGCCGACUGGGACAACGGCGACGCGAACCUCUUGAAGUGGCGCGCGGAGACGGCGGAGACGGGCUUCGAGAAGACGCCCGCCGGGCCCAUGGAGAUCCCCGAGCAGGAGUACUUCGACAACGCCGUCUUGAUGGUCGCCGAGGUCAAGGCGGGCGUCGAGCUCGCGUUCGAGGCGAUGACCGCCGUCGGCAUCAAGGCCGAGUCCGCGUACUACGAGUCGCUCCACGAGACGCCGCUCAUCGCCAACACCAUCGCGCGCAAGAAGCUCUUCGAGAUGAAUUCCGUCAUCUCCGACACGGCGGAGUACGGCUGCUACCUCUACGACCAGGCCUGCAAGCCCCUCCUCAAGGACUUCUACGCGAAGAUCGACACGGACGUCAUCGGCACCAAGUUCAACACGGGCUCGAACCAGGUCGACAACCAGCAGCUCAACGCCAUCAACGCCGCCAUCCGGAACCACCCCGUCGAGGUCAUCGGCCGCGAGCUCCGCGGCUACAUGUCCGACAUGGAGGCCAUCGCGUCCGACGACGCGUCCGUCGCCGCGCGCGCCGCGGGCCUCGAGUGGACCGGCGGCUCGAACCAGGACUAGGCCGCGCGCACCGCGCGCCGGCCCUCCUCCCCGCAAGCACCGAAGGUCGGUCCCCCUAAGACGACGAAGCGCG